AUGUCCUCCAGCGCCGACGACAAGUCUAGGGACUCGUCCCCAGCACCUCAGCAAGAGGCUGAGCCGCAAGAGCAGCAAGAGCAAACCCAGCGCCCCCAGACCCAAACCCGGGAGAAGUCUUCGGCACCCUCGGAGACGUCGGUCUCACGUCCUGCACGCCAGCGUCGUCGGAAUCGUCGCCGACAGGACUUCCAGCCGGAUGAUGAGACAGAUAACAAUCAGCAAAUGGCAACUCGGCAGCGACAGCAACCGCAACAGCAGAUGAUGCCACCACCCAUGUCACAGCAACAGAUGAUGCCGCAACAGCAGUAUCAGCAGCAGCAACAGGUGCAGCAGCAGAACGACGGCGGCAAGAGCGAUACGCUAAAGCUACGGCUGGAUUUGAAUCUUGAGGUUGAGGUCACGCUGAAAGCCCGCAUCCAUGGUGAUCUCACCUUGGCUCUAUUGUAA